AUGAGCGAUAACGAAGAUGCAAGUAAUGAGUUAAAUAAAGAUUCGAUGAAUGUGAAUUUCGAUGAGUUUGUAGAAGACGAUAAUAAGAAAAGGAUGAGAAGUAGCAGCGAUGAGGAGUGGACGGAAGUUAAACAGAAAAAGCGAAAAGAAACAGAAAAGAUUGAAUUAUACAUAUCAAACAAUGAAAAACUUCCAAAACAGUUUAAUCUGGCCAAAUUACUGAAGGAGCAAAACAUCAAUGAUAUCACACGGGCCCUAAUCUUCUUCUUCACGGCCCUCAUAUCUGCGGCAUCCUCGGAAAAGUGUUUCGGCGUAAUCUUCAAUAGGAAAUGCUACGAAGUGGACAUCUUGAAGGAAGGCAUCAACAACAUCCAUCAGCUAGCAUUGAAUGACAAUGAUAAUACUCUCUAUUUCACAUACGAUCAAAUCGCCAAAGAACCUAUGAGAGGCCUUGCUUUCUUCAAUCUAGACACGAAAUCCACCGGCAUUAUAGAAGGUAUAAGAAAUGCCUCAGGUGUUACAGUAGACCAGAGAAGAAACAGAGUAUACGUUGGUGGAGCAGACGGUCUAUUCUUCUUAAACGAUAAUAAAGUACCAGAACAACUACCAGUUAAGGACAACAUACAAUAUUUGUACUUCAAAGAUGUUAUAUUCUUCGUAAACAAACGUAGAGAAGCUUAUAGAUUUGACUAUGGUGUUGUUAGUCCGUUACAAGAGGUCCAAGGGAUAGCAAUAGAUAAGUUAAUAGUUGAUGAUGAGUAUAAUAUGUUUUUUUUGCAAAAUAGAAAAUUAUUCAGAGUGAAGAUAGGUACAAGAGCUGUAAACACUCAUGAAAGGUUCACUGUGGAUGCUAUAACAGUAGACUUUAAUUAUAAACCAUUUGUUAGCACAACUAAUGGACUGUAUGUGUACAAUAAGUACAAAUACGCUUUAGACAAAGUAUCUUCUAUAGUUGAUUUGAAAGAAUUAGUAUUUAAUAGGUUAGGAGAACCUAUUUAUGUAGUAGAGGAUCAUUUGAUAAAGUUAAAGAACCCUGUCACAUACUUACAUGAUUGAUAAGAUUGUUACGUCCGUGUUUUGAGCAAUAAUAGUUAUUUAUUUAUUUAUAAA